AUGGAAGAACGAACAACGUACGGAUCGUCGAGAGAUCGAGGCAUCCUUUGCGAGUUCGAGGUUCGCGUUGUCCCAGGGAAUCCGCUAUGCCGCCCACGUCGUCGCCGAUUACUGGGAGGUAUACGUGAAAGUAAUAGAACUAGUUACUUUUUGAGCGGCACGGAUCGCAAAUCCUGCAAUACGGUAGUCAGUAGGCGGUAUGGCCUACCAACAGGCGCAUACAGGUAUACGCAAGCUCUUUGUCGGACGGAGGUGGAGUACGGGUUAUAUUGGCGCCACCUCCUGCACGGUUAAGCGAGCGACUAGGGCAGACU